AUGUCCCUCGGAGCUACGACGAGCUACAGCGGCGGCGGAACAGCGGCGCCCCAGCCGCCGGUGCCAGGCGCGAGCAAACACCUGCUUGGGGUCGACUUAAGCGCCUCGUCCCUCAUGGCGCGCCGCCGCACCCCCACCCCGCCGCCGCCCAUCGUCGUUUCUCAGUCGACCUCGCACCAACUCCCAACAGCCCACAGCAUCGACGACGAGAUGGAGGCGCUCCUCCGCGACGCCGGCGUGACGCAGCGCGAGAUCCGUAUCCGGCGCAAGAAGGUGCCCGGCUCUCCGCGCCGCUCAAUACCCUCGCCCUCCCCCUCGCCCGCGCCGCCGAGCCCGCGCGAGCUGCUCCCGUACGAGCGGGACGACUCGCCGUCGCCGCCGAGCUCGGCGAGCAGCCGCAACUCUGGCGUGUGGCCCGGUGCCGAGGCCACCUCGCCGCCCGUGUCGCCCAAGCGCGCGAGCAUGAUCCGGCGCAAGCCCACGCCGCUGCUCGACGCAGCGCUCGCAGUCGAGGCGGAGCGCGCGAGCGCGACCCCGCCGCCGCGAUCACCGACCCACACGCCGCCCGUGCUCCUCUCCGUCCCAGGCCCGGGGAUGCCGGCCAUCGCGCUCCCCGCAGGCGCGGGGCAGCUCAAGCGCCCCCGACCCGCGCCGUUCGCAGCCUUCUCCCCGCCCCCGCCGCCCGCCGACGAGCCAGACGCGCCAUACUCGCCCAUCACGGUGCGCCCGGCCUCGUGGCAGCGCCCGUCGCGCACCUUGUUUGGCGAGUACGACGACGGAUCGGCGCCAGCAGCGCCCAAGUCGGCGCCGGCGACCAUCGCGCGUCGAGGCCAGCAGCAACAGCAGCAGCGUAACGCCAUGGAGGCGGUCCACGAGGUCGACGCGCGCGUCACUGUCCCGCCUACACCGCCGCCAGAGCCCGUCGCUGUGCUCCCAGAGGCAGCAGCAGCAGCGCCGCCCCGCGCCGAACCUACCCUCCCCCGCUCGGAAACCAUGCCCGCCCGCCCCCCGCUCAGCUCCGCAGACAGCUCAAACAGCAUCAAGAGCCUGCCCGAGUGGCUCGCCGCCAAGCCCGUCCGCUCCAGCAGCGGCGACGGCGCGCCGCGCUCCCACCUCCCGCGCAGCGCGAGCAUCAGCUCCAAGCUCGCGAUCGUGGUGCCCUCCGUGCCGGAGGAGGAGCCGAUGCCCGCUGCACCAAGCAUGAUCACUUCCCCUCGCGAGGCGUCGCCGGCCACUACGCCCGUCGCGCCGGCGUCGCCCACGUUCGGAACAGUCACAGUGCCUGAGCCCGAGCCGAUGCCCGUGCCCAUGCCGGCGGCAGCCCCGACGCGCGGCCCGCGCUCGCCACUCCGCGUCACGGGGCUGCCGCACGGCGCGAAGCGCCUCUCCGGGUCCUCGCUGGACGGGGAGCACACCGACUCGGAGUACUUCUCCGAGGUGUCGGAGAAGCCUGCGCCCGCCGUCCCGGCACCUGGGUCGACCGUGUCCGCACUCGACAGCGAGAUCCGCACGCCGACCGGCGCGACGUUCCACUCGGGCACGGUCGACGAGGAGCCCAGUACCGUUCGCCGCGCGUACCGCGUGAGCCGGGUCGAGACGGAGCCGUCCACAAGCGACGAGGAGCGAGAUGACGACGACGACGAAGAGUACGCUUCCGCUGAGGACCACCUCCAAGCGCCGGUCGCGCGCGUCGAGAUGCCUGUGCCGCGCCCGCUCGCAUCGCCUGCGACGGUGCGCUCGGAGCCGGUGGGCGAACACGUGCGUGCUGUCGGCGCCGGCGUACCCAAACCGCGGUCGCUGGAGGACUCUGCAGUCGGAGCAGCAGGCACCCUGCACCCUGGGUCGCUGCCCGCGCGCAAGGUGUCCCUCGCCAACAACAACCUGACGCCGACAAGCAGCAAGGGCGCCAAGAUGAAGGGGUCGGUGAGCUCGCGCAGCGCGGGGCGCCGCGCGCCGACGACGACCCACGGGCUGGACUACGAGGCGUUUGAGGACGAGUACCCGUCCGACGACAGCGUCGAGCCAAAGCAGUCGGGCAAGUCCAAGUCGCUGCCGUUCAGCGUGUUCCGCGCACCGUCGGCACGUACCCUGUGGGAGGCGUCGCAGCGCACCGUGACGGACGACGAGGGCAAAAAGGUCGCCUUUGGCGACCUGUUCCCUUCGUACGACGGCGGCGCGCAGAAGACGGUCAUGGUCUUCGUCCGCCACUUCUGGUGCGGUGCGUGCCAGAACUACAUGGAGUUCUCGCUCGCAAACGUCGACCCCGAGAUUGUGCGCCAGCACAACAUCCGCGUCGUCUUGAUCGGGUGUGGCAGCUGGAAGGCGAUCAAGGCGUACAAGGCCCUGUUCAACUGCCAGUACGAGAUGUACACUGACCGGUCGAGAAAGAUCUACAAGCUGAUGGGGUGA